UAAAACGCGCAGCUUAGAAUAGUAUAGUUGCGUUCGUGGGAAACAAACAUAAUGGGUUAAAAAAGGAGAAUAGAAGAAAGAAAAGAGAAAGAGGCGGUGGUGGAGGAGGAGGCGGAAGAAGAGGAAGUGGUAGAGGUGAAGGAAGUAGAUGAAAAGAAACGCGUGUGCCAGCGGUGAGGAACACUAGAAGGGAAAGGAGAUGAAGAAAGCACGUAAAUAAGCACUCAAGAGUACGUUGACACGUUCUGCAGAACAAAAUACAAUAAGAUUGAUUCGUGAUUUCGAUCAGUACUACGUAUAAGUCCGAUUUAGUGUGCGAUCGAAGAUUGUCGUUGGCGAUCAUCUGUACGAAACGGAACGAAAGACCGAAGAGGGGAAGAAGAAUGAUAAGGUUAUACCAGUUUGUUUCAGGAUGGCCGAUUCGGCGGAAGUUUUGCUCGUUCACGGAGGAUUACGCGAAGCAUCGCGUAUCCCUGUCUUGGAUGCAGCGUGCGGUGUUGACGGGUGGCGCGGCCGCGAUAUCGUUGGCCAAUCCGUUUCGCGGUGACAUGAUCGCAUGCCUGGGGGAAACGACCGGCGCCUCGGCCCUUUCUCAUUGUCUACGGGAAAUGAUGGCAACCGCCGAGGGACGUCGUAUCCUUGCCGAAAAGCCACGCAUAUCCUCCUCGACGAUCGAUUUGUCCGCGUUGAAAGGUUUACCGGAGGGAACCGUAGGCAGGAUUUAUCGCGAUUUCUUGGACGUGAACAACGUCUCGCCUGAUUCUAGAACACCGGUCAGAUUCGUCCAAGAUGCCGAAUUAGCGUACGUAAUGCAACGAUACCGAGAAACGCACGAUAUCUUUCAUGCCAUACUGCUAAUGCCGACAACCAUGCUCGGAGAAGUGUCCGUCAAGUGGAUAGAAGCAUUGCAAUUACGUUUGCCAAUGUGCUUGAGCGGAGCGAUAUUCGGAGCGUAUCGUUUGCGACUAAGGCAAAGGAAAUUAUAUCUCGAACAUCAUCUCCCAUGGGCUAUUAACACGGGAAUUCGGGCAAAAUUUCUCUUGGGAGUUUACUUCGAGGAACGUUGGGAACAGCCUAUCGCUGAUUUUCAUCGAGAGAUGAACAUCGUUCCUUUGGUGCCGAUCAAAAUUCCGUAACAGUAAACCACAACAACACAGCUUAGUUUUUUACAUAGUUUAUAACAAUUUUUAU